UGUUUUGUUGAAUUCAGAUAAGUCUUACACAUUGCACUUAGUUGAUGUAUUUGAAAUCUCAUUUAAUCAUUUGUUAUUGAUACAGUUUAUUGAACAUACAAGUUGUUUGUCCCAGAGAGUUGACCUCCAUCUGGAUUUUGCUUACUGUGUCUCCUGGGGCUAUGUAACUUGUUCUUUUGUCCUCUGUUUUUUUGUAAGUAAGUAGUUGAAUCUGCAGGCUUGGUCGGGUUCUAUUCUCAGCAAGUCUACUUUCUAGAUGGUGGUACAUCCUUCCUUCUCUUCCUUUGGAUGUUAGUAGCUACUGAUGAUCAUUGGCUACCUCCAUUAAUACAUCAGGAGUUACAGAAUGUUGUGAGUCAAGCCAUAAUGUCACUUACUGAAGAAUAUGAGCUUUGAAUUCAGACCCGAGCUUGAACAGUCAUCCACCCUCAGGAAAUGUGCUUAUUUACCCCUGCAUCUGUUUCCUCAUGGGGAAAAAUAUUUACCUUUUGGGGAUUGUUGUAAAGGUGAUUAGAUAAAAGAGCUUAGUCACAUGGCAUCUGGAAUGCCACGUACCAAAAUCAAGAUCCCUAAAGGAAGUAAAACUGAGAUUAUCAGCCAAGAAGGACCUACUGGAGAAAGCAGAGGAUGGAAGCUAAAAUGAAGCAGUGUUUUAUCGUAUGUACUUCAGCAGAUCUUCUGCAGUUCAGCUAAAACCAUGACUGCUCUUUCUUCAGAGAACUGCUCUUUUCAAUACCAGUUACAUCAAGCAAAUCAGCCUCUAGAUGGUAACUGUCUGCUAUUCUUGAUUAUACUUGGGAAAAUAUUACUGAAUAUCCUCACACUAGGAAUGAGAAGAAAAAUCAGCUAUCAAAAUUUUAUGGAAUAUUUUUGCAUUUCACUAGCAUUCAUCGAUCUUUUACUUUUAGUAAAUAUUUCCAUUAUAUUCUAUUUCAGGGAUUUUGUAGUUUUAGGCAUUAGGUUUACUAAAUACCACAUUUGCCUAUUUACUCAAAUUAUUUCUUUCACUUACGGCUUUCUGCAUUAUCCAGUUUUCCUGAUAGCUUGUAUAGAUUAUUAUCUGAAUUUCUCUAAAACCACAAAGCUUGCAUUUAAGUGUCAAAAACUAUUUUAUUUCCUUAUAGUAAUUUUAAUUUGGAUUUCAGUCCUUGCUUAUGUUUUGGGAGAUCCAGCUAUCUACCAAAGCCUGAAGGCACAGAAUGUUUAUUCUUACCAGUGUCCUUUCUACAUUAGCAUUCAGAGUUACUGGCUGUCAUUUUCCAUGGUGGUGAUUUUGUUUAUGGCUUUUCUAACCUCUUGGUCAGAAGUUAUUGCCUUGGUACAGGCUGUUAGGAUGACUUCCUAUAUGAAUGAGACUAUCCUGUAUUUCCCCUUUCCAUCCCAUUGUGGUUAUACUCUGAGCUCUAAAAAAACGCUCUUGCCCAAGUUCAUUAUCUGUUUUCUCGGUACCUGGUUACCAUUUGUACUACUUCAAGUAAUUAUUCUUUUACUUAAAGUACAGAUUCCAGCAUAUAUUGAGAUGAACAUUCCGUGGUUGUACUUCAUCAAUAGUUUUCUGAUUGCUACAAUUUAUUGGUUUAAUUGUCACAAGCUUAAUUUAAGAGACAUUGCAUUACCUGUGGAUCCAUUCAUCAACUGGAAAUGCUGCUUCAUUCCACUUACAAUUCAUAAUCUUGAGCAAAUUGAAAAGCCUAUAUCAAUAAUAAUUUGUUAAUGUUGUCAUGUUAAAACUAAUUAAAACUGACAACUACAGUAAGAAUCAUAAUUUUACAAAUGGGAAAGGACAAAGACUGAACUGAACUGAAUCUCCACUCCCCAGGCCCACCUUACAUACCUUUUCAGAAUGUGUCUUUGGGGCUAUGGUAGCAAAACCAAAUAAUUCCAAGAGAAUUUUGUUAUACUGGUUCAGAAACACUGCAUGUUACCAAUAUUAAUUUAACACAAAAGUGAAAAUAGUUAAUACUUGGCCAUACUGAUUUCAUGUUACCCAAAAAACUACUGGAUGCAAACAUGUUAUGUAAAUCUGAGAUUUUCUGCCAAUACUAUACAAGUGUAAAUAAACAUUUUUAUUGAAUUCAAA